AUGCCUCCUGUUCCUCGAUCACCCAUCAAAUUGGCUAUUCUUGACGAUUAUCAGGGAAUUGCCUCCAAACAUUUCGAGUCGCUCAAGUCUACUUUUGAAAUCACCACUUUUCCAGAUACUCUCUUACCUUACAAUGACCCUUCGACCCCUGAAGAUGUAAAGAACCAGCUGGUCGAAAGGCUUAAGCCUUUUGAGAUCAUCUCAUCUAUGAGGGAACGGACUCCUUUUCCCGAACCCCUUCUAGAAAAGCUUCCAAACCUGAAACUCCUCCUUAAUACAGCGAGCAGAAACAAGUGUAUCGAUAUGGAAGCCGCUAAGAGACUCGGUAUCAGUGUCACUGGUGCUUCGGGAAGAUCAAAGAGAGGGCCAGAUAGCACCACGCAACACGCCGUUGCACUGAUUCUGGGAAUUGCGAGGAAUGUCGCCUGGGAUGACAAAGUAGUCAAGGAAGGCGGCUGGCAAACAACGUUAGCAACUGGGUUAAGUGGAAAGACGUUUGGGACUGUGGGAUUAGGAAGGUUGGGUACAAAUGUAGCCAAGAUCAUGUAUUCGGCGUUCGGCAUGAAGAUCAUAGCAUGGAGCUCAAGUUUGACACAAGAAACUGCAGACCAACAGGCUAGGGACAGUGGGUUCGCUACUGAGGACGAGGAUGACGAGAAAGUAUUCAAGGUUGUGAGUAAGGAAGAGUUGUUCUCAGAGGCUGAUGUCGUCAGCGUGCACUUGGUAUUAGGUGAUCGUUCGAGAGGGAUAAUUGGCGAAAAGGAUUUGGAUCUGAUGAAGAAGAGCGCUUUGUUUAUUAAUACGUCGCGCGGACCUCUUGUUCAACAGUAUGCAUUAUUGGAUGCUUUGCAAAAGGGAAAGAUCCGUGGUGCGGCGCUGGAUGUGUUUGAUUUAGAACCUUUGCUAGAAGAUAGUUUGUGGAGAAGUAUAAAAUGGGGAGAGGAGGGAAGAAGUCAAGUGUUGUUAAGUCCACAUAUGGGUUAUGUUGAAGAAGAUACAAUGAACGAUUGGUAUCAGGUACAGGCUGAGAAUGUCCAAAGAUGGCAUGAGGGGAAAGAUUUGACGAACGUACUGGCAUAG